AUGAAGCGAACGCGAGCAAAAGGGCCAAAGGUCCGCACCGGCUGUGUGACCUGCAAGAUCCGCCAUGUCAAGUGCGACGAGGCCAAACCAGCCUGCGGGCAAUGCACACGCACCGGCCGGACAUGCGACGGCUAUCCUGAGCCUGCGCCGCGCCAGAAGAAGGAGAAGAAUCCCCCUGCAGUGCUGGCGACGGCGUUCCCAGGGAUAGCAAACGACUGCCGCUUGAUUCUCGUCCCCGGCACGCGGCUGGAACGCGAGAGCGUCGAUCGAUUCUGUCGCCAUCUGUCGGCCCGCAUGGCCGGACACAUUUCCUCGCCGUUCUGGGAUUAUCUACUGCCGCAGCUGAGUGGGAGGGAGUCCUCGAUCCGGCAUGCGAUGGCGGCCGUCAGUGCGGCGCAUCGCCGACGAGAAGAAAGCCCUGCCUCGAGAAGCGAGAGCGCAGACGAACAGUUCAUCCUGGAGCAGUACAACAAGGCAAUCCAGCAUCUGAUGUUUCCGGUGAAGAAGAGGUCGUCGACCCUCUGUGUGCUGGUGACGUGCUGUCUGUUCGUCAUCCUAGAAGCUCUGCUCGGCCACACCCAGCGAGCUGUCGAUCAUGUCCAGGCAGGCCUGACUAUCCUCGACAGCCAGUCCCGACAGGAGAACCAGCAGGAGAACCAGCAGGCAGCGCCCGACGAAUACACGCGAGUGAUCCAUGACGAACUGGCUCCGCUGUUUGCUCGACUGAACAUCCAGCUGUCCUUCUUUGGCCGCGAACUGUCGCCGUUCACCCACAUGCGAACCCAGCAACCGGACCGUUCGUUUGCCAAUCUACACGAUGCCCAGCUCGCGCUCGACCGCAUCACGGGCGCCGUGUUUCGUCUCGUGCAUGUUGCCCGGGCCCAGGGCGUGUUGCCCGAUGUCUUCCAGCAGCAACAGCUGCUCACCACCGAGCUGCUGACAUGGUCCCUCGUCUUUGACCGUCUCACGGCCUCCGACGAGACGAGUACGAGUACAGCUGUAUCAAUCAUGCGCAUGCAUCACCGGGCGUUGCUCAUCUGGCUGGCCUCGGCGACGUUCAUGAGCCCCCUCGACUUUGACGCCUAUAUCCCGGACUUUCAAUAUAUCGUGCGUCUUGCCGAGAGUGUCCACCAAGGGACAGGAACAGACCGGAAGCCCUUUACGCUUGAAAUGGGCGUCGUGGUGGUGCUGUAUCUGACCGCAUGCAAAUGUCGCCAUUCACGCACCCGCCGCAAAGCAGCCGAUCUUCUUCUCGCCUCCGAAACGAGGGAGGCCAUGUGGGAGCCCCGACAGGUGGGCAGAAUCGCCGAAAUGGUGAUUCUCGAGGAAGAGGGGAUCAAUCCUGACGGUGAAGACCUGUUUGUUCCCUUGCACAGACGCAUCCAGGAGGUCUACCUUCUCGACACGCACCUCUCCAAUCCCACCUCGGUCAUUCUGGCUUAUAUAUCGGGGGGGGAGUGGAAGCUGGUCAAUCGAUUAGUAGAGUGGUAG